AUGGAUCGCUCUGCAUCUUGCGAUCAUCGUCUUCCGCUAAACUUACACGCGUCUCCGACCUUAUCGGCAGCCCGUAACGUAGUCGAGUUAGAGACCGUCACAUCUGUAUUGAGCCUUGAGAGCCGAGUCGUGACGCUGACGCAGGACGAGAUCCAAGUAUGUACUCGUCUGGCUGACUUGUUACUGGCCGACGCCUUGCGAGCGUACAUCGAGACGAACGGCAGUCCAAAAGUAGAUGUCCAGCAGUGGAAACUGCUCAAGAAGAAGGACCAACUAGGAGCGUACAAGCACAAACGCAAUGCUGGAACCACUGGACAACAACUGGAUCGUCCAUUUGCCGCAAAAGAGACGGAGCUGCCGUUGCUACUUGUCACGGGGUCCGUGGCUGGACAUGUUCACGACGCCAUGUACGGUCUCGUUAGUGCCACUACACGGACCAUGAAGAUGAAUGGCGCUUACGCGGACGAUUCACUCGAAGAUGCUCAAGUACUGGCAACAAUUGAAGGUCCGACAGUGAAAGACCCUUUUCGCUUUCUUGGUCUCAAGUGGGCCGUACGUCGCGAUGCCAUGUAUGGCUCGUCGUUUGUCAAGCGACGCGAUUUGCUCUACUUGGAAGCCACAGGUCUCACGAAAAUGAUGGACGGUCAGUGCGUCGGGUACCGCGUCAUCCACUCGGUGAGUAUUAAAGCUCUCGCGCAAUUGGCGACGAAAAGUAUCUCGUCCUCCGUGAUCCGUGCUCGUGCGUCCAUUGUGCAGUUGUUUCAUCAACAGCCGUCUGUGGACGGAUCGCGAGGUCUGUCAGGCACGUUGAACGUGUUUGCGAGAGGCUAUUAUGACCCGCAAGGCGGCAUGAUGCAAUUCAUGGCACUUCAUGCAGGAGCAGAGCUCUUGCUGCAUAUGACGUUCUCUGCGGUAGACUGUGCCCACCUCAAGAAGAUCGCUUUUGCAACCCAACAAGCUUGUCGACGUCGACAAGGUGUGGCAAGUCAGCUGCACAAGACAUACUACGGCGACGACCGUGGCAUGGCAGGAAUUGAAGAAAUGAGUGAUGAAGAUGCUGCUGGGUUUAUGGAAGACAAGGUUUUGUCCACGCACUGCUCGUUGUGUGAGCGUCGCAUAGGCAGUCUGCUCAAUCGAAGUGGGAGACCUUGCACCAUUUGCGCAAGGAUGGUUUGCUCGCGCUGCUGUGUGGUCAAGAAACUACCCUUUUUUCUCAGUGAUGGUUGCAGCUUACCCACACAUAAUGGCACGGGGCUUGAUGGGAGUAUGAGUGUACAGCAGCAAUUCGAGCGACCCGAAGGAUCACGAGCUUUGACCGAGCAGAGCCGUAGCAGUAAUGGCAGUGGUGCUGCAAACAUGAACGGCAUGUACCAGCAAGCUCUCAAGUUCUGUCUGCCGUGCGUGUUGCGCGCAAACCAACGCAACGCCUCACAGAUUGUCAUUGAAGAGAUUCUGGAACAGACGAGCCUCGGACUUGUCACGCCUCGCAGUACGUUCAACCAGCUUGACGGCCAUCCUAGUCCGUCGCCAUUGCGGCGGCGGUCGACUCAGUCUGUACGGGCAAACAACUCCGCACAAGUCCCGUACGGGUCCUACCAGUUUCCACAGCACGCGGCCCCUAUUUAUUCCCAGCCACGGCAGAAGGCGUACAGUGCACCGUGUGGCCAAGUUGGCGUCCAUCGCUCAUCUUCGAUUACCACGCGCGUGAUGCUGUACGUUGAAGACCCAACAUCGCAACUACCAGGCUACAAGGCCGCUGCAUAA